AUGGCUUCCGUGGAGAAGAAAUGUCUCCCUCUAGGGUAUUCGCUUCAUGACGGAUAUCCAUCGACUCCGGAGUACCUCCAUCUCCGCUCCGCUGCAGGACUAUCGCCAAAGACGCCCUCCCAGGCGGCUGCAGUUCCCACGGGGAGCUGGUAUGGAUGCUAUAUCACCUUUAAAGAGGACGAUUCAACCCCAAAGGCGGUAGCUAUGGGAAGAAUUAUAGGAGAUGGUGGCUGGUACUUCCAUAUUGCGGACAUGGCGGUUGACCCGGGACAUCAAAGGAAAGGACUCGGAGAUGCCAUUCUGAAGGCGUUGCUUGCAAAGAUCAAGCAAGAUGCUCCGGCAGAUGGCAAGCCUUAUAUCUCACUGUUGGCUGAUGGACCGGGGAGACCUUUAUAUGCGAAAAAUGGCUUUGUGGAAAGUGCGCCAGCGUCACUUGGUAUGGUACUCAAAAAUUAG